GCCGUUGAAAUUGUUUGCUCCAGUCGUUCAGUUUGAAGAGGACAUAGCAAGUGUACACAAGUUUGUUACCUUGAGUGUGUUCAUGUUGUAUGAUAAGUGUCCCCGCGUUAUGUGGCCCCAAACAGUUAUCAUGUAAACGCGUUUUUCUGUUAAUCGAAUCGAUCAAGUCGCCUGCCCUAUUGUUAUUUCUCAAGGAUCGCGUAUCCUCAGGUAGUGAGGACCUGGCUAGUUUUUUCCGUCGUGUCAAAUAAAACGUUUCAAAUUUUUGCGAUUUAGUGUGUGUUAAGGACUUUUGGAGCGAAAUGCUGGGAUUUAGUACUUCACGCGACGGCCUUCUGCAGCUGUCGGAGGAACAGCUGGCGGCCGUUGUGCACAAGGAGCCGAUUUUGGACCAUUACGGGGUGGAUAAGACACCACUUGGCAGGGGCAAAUACGCGACGGUGUGUCGCGCCGUCCACAAGGAGACUGGUGUCGAAUACGCGGCGAAAUUCGUGAAGAAACGCCGCCGUAACCAGGACCAGAUGAAGGAGAUCAUCCACGAGAUUGCCGUUUUAAUGCAGUGCUCGUCGACGAAUCGCGUGAUUCGUCUGCACGAGGUCUACGAAUCGGCCACGGAGAUGGUGUUGGUGCUGGAAUUGGCCGCCGGCGGCGAGCUCCAGCACAUCCUCGACGGCGGCCAGUGUCUGGGCGAGGCGGAGGCGCGCAAAGCCAUGAAGCAGAUCCUGGACGGAGUGUCGUUUCUCCACGAAAGGAACAUCGUUCAUUUGGACUUAAAACCGCAGAAUUUACUGCUCUCGAUCGAGGAUAACUGUGAUGAUAUCAAGCUCUGUGAUUUCGGCAUAUCGAAGGUUUUGGAGCCCGGCGUUAAAGUACGGGAGAUUAUAGGUACUGUAGAUUAUGUAGCGCCGGAAGUGCUUAGUUACGACCCGAUCUGUCUGUCGACUGAUAUUUGGUCGAUUGGAGUUUUGGCGUAUGUGCUUUUGUCGGGCUAUACGCCGUUUGGGGCCGACGAUAAGCAACAGACUUUUCUUAAUAUAUCAAAGUGUGCCUUAUCUUUCGAGCCAGACCAUUUCGAGGAUGUUUCCUCGCCGGCUAUAGACUUUAUCAAGAGUGCCUUGGUCACGGAUCCCAGGAAGCGUCCGACCGUCCACGAGCUGUUGGAGCACCCGUGGAUUUCGCUGAAGUGCCCCCUCCUGCCGGCGCUGCCGCUGAAGCCUUCGGAGUCCGUUCCGUCGAUAAAAAGCAUCUCGGAGACGCCGAAAUCGCAGCGGAAAACAUUUUGCUCAGACGCUUUAAGCGGAAGCUUAAGUACGUUCACGGUAUCGAGUAACUGCCUUUGUCCGCAAUGUGGAACGGCUUGCCGUCAUCUGACACACACACCAGUGCCCAAAACCGCUAUCACCGUCGAUAGAGGCAUUCUAUGUUAGCCAAAGUUACUUUGUUUGUGCCCGAAGAGGUUGCGAAACAAGCCGAUUGUUUCAUGUGCUUGGGUUAUGUACAUUUGUUUAGUUUAAGUUACGAUAAUUUAUGUUUUAUUGCUUCUUUUUUGUUUAUGGUUAGUGUACCUAAAUAAAGUAUUCUUUUUUGUUGUGUAUA